AUUUGCGGAUAACGCUCCGACAACAAACAAAAGAUCGAGGCUAGCUGAGCUCAUUAUACUUUGUCGAUCCGUCAACGCUAACGUUACUUCUUACUUUGCUCCCAACGACGACCUGCUCCUCUGUCUUUUAACUACUUUCUUCGGUUCCUGCGCGGCAGGCAGUCUGCUUCUAGUGUCUCUAUUUGUGGCUUUGUGUCAGCUAAUGUCAACCUGAGCCAUUUCAGCGAUCGCUUCGCCUUUGCUGGCCAAGCUAAACGCGCUAGCCAGGUUAGCUACUCGACUAACCAGCUCUGGCUGCCUCUCUACGACCAGCGAAGCCAGUUAGCUUAGCCUGCUAGCUAGCUUUGCUAAACCUCCCUUUAAAACUUGACACUGACUGACACAAGUGGCUCUGGCUUGUUGCUGACAAGCCAAUUUACUAAAACUCGUGUCGUAGCCAUGUCUGGACAGUCGUCGGGCUGUGGGUUUCUAAUGUCGGUUGUUGUCCACGGAGACUCGGCUCUGAACGAGCAGGAAAAGGAGCUCAACCAGCGACUCCGACGGCUCUAUCCAGCCGUUAAUGAAAAUGAGACUCCGCUUCCCCGCUCCUGGAGCCCGAAGGACAAGUUUAGCUACAUCGGACUCUCUCAGAACAAUCUCCGUGUCCACUAUAAAGGUCAUGGCAAAACCCCAAAAGAUGCAGCGUCUGUACGGGCAACCCACCCCAUCCCAGCAGCCUGCGGGGUCUACUACUUCGAGGUGAAGAUCAUCAGCAAAGGCCGAGAUGGGUACAUGGGCAUCGGCCUCUCAGCUCAGGGUGUAAACAUGAACAGACUCCCUGGUUGGGACAAGCACUCAUACGGUUACCACGGAGAUGACGGCCACUCCUUCUGCUCGUCUGGCACCGGGCAACCCUACGGACCCACGUUUACAACAGGCGACGUGAUUGGCUGCUGCGUUAACCUCAUCAACAACACCUGCUUCUACACAAAGAACGGCCACAGCCUAGGUAUUGCCUUCACAGACCUACCACCAAACUUGUACCCGACCGUGGGCCUUCAGACUCCAGGGGAGGUGGUGGAUGCAAACUUCGGCCAGCAUCCCUUUGUGUUCGACAUUGAGGACUACAUGCGAGAGUGGAGGACAAAGAUCCAGGCUCAGAUCGACCGCUUCCCUAUCGGAGAGCGCGAGGGCGAGUGGCAGUCCAUGAUCCAGAAGAUGGUGGCUUCCUACCUGGUGCACCACAGCUAUUGUGCCACAGCUGAAGCCUUUGCCAAAUCCACAGACCAGGCCGUGCACGAGGAGCUGGCCUCCAUCAAAAACCGACAGAAGAUCCAGAAGCUGGUGUUGUCAGGCAGAAUGGGCGAGGCCAUCGAGACCACCCAGCAGCUCUACCCCAACCUCCUGGAGAGGAACCCAGACCUUCUCUUCAUGCUCAAGGUGAGACAGUUCAUAGAGAUGGUGAACGGGACGGACAGUGAGGUGAGGUGUCUGGGAGGUCGCAGCCCAAAGUCUCAGGACAGUUACCCCGGCUCCCCCCGGCCCUUCAGCAGCCCCAGCCACAAAGCCAGCAGCUCCCAGCCCUACCUCCCAGGGUUUGACAGUAACUGCUGUAAUGGUGUGACGUCUAAUAAGAGCCACAGCUCCUCCCCUCACAGUCACAAGCCCUGCCCCCCAGGCUCUGGCUCCACACUCCCAGCGUCUGACGUUAGCCUCAACGGGAGCCGCAGCCAACAACCCAUAACCAGUAGCGAUGUGGAUAUGGAGGUCGACCACUUCACCAACGGAGUGACAGAAUCGUCCUCCAAUGGUUUCCUUAACGGCAGCUCCAAACACGCCACCGAGCCUGACGACUGUGACGCAGACAUGGAGGUGGAGUCAGCCCAGUCCAAGAGGCAGCUGUGCGGCGGGAGCCAGGCAGCCAUCGAGAGAAUGAUCCAUUUCGGCAGGGAGCUCCAGAGCAUGAGCGAACACCUCCGCCGCGAGUGUGGCAAGAACUCAACCAACAAGAAGAUGCUCAAGGAUGCAUUCAGCCUGCUGGCCUACUCAGACCCCUGGAGCAGCCCAGUUGGCUACCAGCUGGACGCCAUUCAGAGAGAGCCGGUCUGCUCCACUCUCAACAGUGCAAUAUUAGAGACUCACAACCUGCCCAAGCAGCCCCCCCUGGCCCAGGCCGUGGGUCAGGCCGCCCAGUGCCUCGCCAUCAUGGCACGAACUGGCAGCGGAUCCUGCGCCUUCGCCUCUGUGGACGAUUACCUGCACUAGCCCCGUGUACACACACACAAACACACACACACACACACACACACACACACACCCACACACCCACACACACACACACACACACCAACACACAGAGUCUGAGGACUUGUCCAGAAGUGGCCCCUUCCACCUCCUCCAUCAGUGUAGUCCUAUUAGCCGAGGAGACGCUCCUCUGCACGAUAACAAGUAGUAGAAAGUUAACCACCUCACUCGCUUCCUGUUCUGCUUGUUCACGAACACCGCCGAGGAUCAGGAGUCACUUCUGGGCAGAUCCUCAGACUGCUUACACACACCGCAUACAUUUAAAACAAACACACACACACACACACACAGCACCUCCCUCUCCAUCGUAAAUAUGAAAAUACGCCUCCACCUUGGUUGGCCUCGCAAACCCCCACCUCCAGCCCGGCGAGGCUGCGUCUGCAUCAUUCUGACUGACAGCGGGGACGCCAACCAAGAGUAGCCGACUUGAAAAUACCCAGAGAGCCGAACUCGUGUGGACUCACCACAGAUACCCAACCCCCUCAUACCUGGGGGCAUCAAACCGGGGUGGACAGACUGAAAAAUAAAAAGCCCUGGUCAAAUAUCCAUAUAAAUGGAAAAAUAAGAGAGAGAAAAAAAAGAAACAGACGAGUGACCGCCAUGGCCGACCACCCUUUAACGUGGUCCUUGUAAACCUGGCUUACCAGGCAAACGUGCGCACACACGCAAACACGGAGGCAGGCUGAUGCUGAAAACAUGAUUGGAAAGUCCGUCUCCACCAAGGCUUGCUGAGUGCUCCAAACUCCAGCCAACGCAACAAGGCUCCGUUAGGGACCGCCUGCCCCGCCCCUCUCCUUCACUCCCUGCACCAACCCCCUCCCCCGCCCUCCACUCACUUCAGGACAUCGGCGGAGAUCUGUGUGACGCAUGUGGACUCGGGACUUUGAAGAAGCCAGAGAGAAUCUACAGUCUCGACUCAACGUUCCCUGUUUUUAAUCUUUUUGUUUUUGUUUUCGUUUUUCGUGGGGGGACGGGGGAGGGGUGGUUACCUGGCUCUUGUUUUGUUUUUAGUUUUUUCCAGGUUUACAAGGCAUGGUGCAGACGACGAUGACUAUUAUUAUUAUUAUUAUUAUUAUUAUUAUUAUUAUUAUAAUUAUCAUUAUAUUAAUUAUUGUUACUUGCAUUCACAGUAUAUUUGUUGAGCGCCAGCAAGAGCAAGUUCCACUUAUUAUAAUAAAGGUCCCGAUUCCACCGAUUACCAGUGACGAGCGUGUGUACAUGUUAACGUUUAUAUAUGAAUUUAACAAAAUGGAAUUAUAUCAAUAGAGUGAGAUAUUUAGUUAUCAAACAAAAGGAAAUCAUUGAAAAAAAAAAAAAAAAACCAACAAUCCUUUAAUGCUUUGUACUGACACCAGUCUCUCCUGAAGCGUGCUGGUUGUUCCUCGUCUGUACAAGUUUUUAUGUCUCCUGCUUUUUGACUCCAGGGUCCCUAUGCAGGUGGGAAGCUGAUACAUGUGACCACCUCCAGGUCUGUAAGAUUUUGGAAAACAUAACUUCUCUGACGUCCUCAAACACAGUCUUAGAACUUUAAUUUCACAUAUUGUGGUUCUUGUGGUGAAGUAAUCUGUCUCCACAGUGAGGCUUAAUCUGGCACUUAAUAGGAAAGAAUCUUCAAACACUCCGGGACAAUGUCUGGGAUUUCUAAAAAUGGAAGCCCUGUGUAGGAACCCUGCGAUGAUGUCUGACCCCAUUUUUACCUGUUACCCCCCAAAUCCCUAGCUGCACAGCAGGUUUGAUGCAAACAUUGUUAAUCUUUAUUUUCAUAUCGAUGUCUAUGCUAAUCCUUAACCCACACAGAACUCAGGAGCCAAAAUGUCCCUUUGUUCCUCCUCCCCCUCGGUUUAGAACAGGACGGUCCAACCAAGCAGCCAAUUGAAACGGGCCUCGAUUACAGGUGGCCUCUGUUUUUUGUUUUGUUGUUUUUUAGCAGCACAGCGACGGGCCUUUCAGACUCAACCCAGAAGAACAAGCAACAUUAAAACUGAUGCUAUGAAGUUGGCCUCGAAACGAGCUCUGCGCUUGAUUUAAAGUCGAACUGAAAUUUGAGUUCUUCUCACUUUGUGUGUUAAGGAAGGAUUAUGAUUGUGUCAUUUCCCAUCUUUUGAUUAACAACUGAAAGCCGUCAUUGCCAGGCAACAGGCUGUCAACUUAAAGCGAUAGUUCAGAUUUUUUGAAGUGGGGUUGUAUGAAGUACUUAUCCAUAGUGUAUUGCCUACAGUAGAUGUCAGUCGGCACGCCUCCAGUUUGGAGAAACAGGCUGAAAUCUGACAUGGAAGAUAAGCAAUGUACUGCUGUGGACAGGGUCUGAAACAAAAUGUAUUUUAGCCACCUAAAAAAAUCUGUCAGUUUAACUGUACACUAUGUUGGGAGUAUUUUCACUGCUCUACUUUAAUGUCAGAGUGAUUUCCAGUGGGAAACUAAUGGGAAACUGAAGCCAUUAUAUCACUCUCUUCAAAGCCAGACUCCAUUGAGAAAAACAGUGAUUUAAUACUGCUGAACACAGGAGCUGCUGGUCUACUGCUGCCUUGAUUGGUUAGUUAGUUUGUGUCAUUGUGUGACUUUGGCAUUUAACUGGGUUAGUUCAGAUUCACCAAAGUCACACGAUAACACAAACUUACUAACCCAUCAAGGCAGCAGUAGACCAGCAGCUCCUGUGCUCAGCCAGCCAAAAUUGCUAUUUUUGUCAAUGGAGUCUGGUGGCUUUGACGAGAGCACUGAUAAAGAACUGAAGCCGUUGGAACAGGCUGUCUGAUGGAAAGGUAAAGCUGUGAAAAUGUUCUCAACAAAACGUACAGUUAAACUGACAGAUUUUUUUAGGUGGCUUUUGUUAUCGCCCCUGCCUCCAGCAGUACAUUGUUUAGCUUUGGUGUCAGUACUCCUGCCUGCUUCUCCAAAGUGGGGGCAUGCAGACUGCCAUCUAUUGAAUAGAAUAAACCCACUAUGGAUAUGUACCUCAUUUAACCCCACUUCAGAAUAUCCGAACUAUCCCUUUUAGUGGUGCAUUACCGAUUGCAAGAUAUCGCAGCCCUUUAGUGUCAUAGCCCCUAAACAUCGAUACAAGUUUUUAACCUUUUCAACAAGUGAAAAGUGAUUGUUUUUAGUUAUCAGUCAGUAGUUUGAAAUCUCUGUCCCCUGCUGACAUUUGGGAAGACUCCAUGCUGCUGAGGUCAUAUUCCAUUUGGGAAGUGGAAGCUAGCAAGCUAGGCAAAUUACUGUCUACUCCGAAAAUUGAAGCUAGUUAGCUUGCUAACAUUACUUGUUUUCUUCAGUUUGGGUUUGUGAGUCACCUGCACACUCUGUGCUGUGUUCGUCCUGGAUGGUUAUGCAAAGGAGGCUCGUGUUUGGCUGUCUUCUCAUUCAUAGUUCCAGAAUUGGCAGUGAUGAAAUUCAAAAUGACCACAGUGUCAAAACAAGUAGUCUUGUCACCACUGCGUUUUGUAUGAUACCGCUAAAGUCAAAUUACGGCAGUCACUAAUGAAUGGAGUUACAGAAUCACAUGAGAGUGUUUAAACCACAGAUUGAACUAUGCCAGUGGUUCCCAAACUUUUUUAAAGUGGUAUUGGUAGCACCGCUGUCACAAACAGCUGGACCAUUUUAUGUUUCCUUCAGAGCCAACAACACAGGACACGCAGCAUUUUGCUUUCCACAGUAACUUCCGUUAAUCCACUAUUGGCCACGUCCACCACAGAGGAUAGUAACUGGAGAGAACGCUGGCUACGAUAACAUGCACAAAAUAUUCCUUUUUUGCCCUUUUAAAACAGAUAAUUCUCUCUCAGCUGUUCACAUGGCUGAUGAAAAUCAAUGUCACACUAAUAUUCCCGUUCACAUGCAGCUGUGCACGCUCCGAUAACACGUCUUAACAUGUCGUUUUAUCACAACAAAAUACAGAAAAGGGGGACGGCUGGGUAGGAUUUUUUUUUUCCCCAAAGUUUUCCAGUGGUGGCGGACUUGUUCCACCUCCCCGCCAUUCCCUCAACCACCUUCUUGAAAAGGUUCACAUUUUGUGAUAUUUAUGGAUGUUUAAAAAAACCUGCUGAUAACCAAAUCUUAGUGUUUAAAAGGAGGCGUGUUUCUCCUUCCAGCCAGAAAUGUGGGCUUUUCUUUCGGGCAUAGACCAGCAGCUCCUGUGUUCAGCAACCCAGAGCAUUCACUAGCACACCUAGUAGAGCAGACACUCCAUGUACAGAGGCUUUGUUCUUGCUGCAGCGGCCGUGGGCUCAAUGUCAACCCAUGGCCCUUUGCUGCAUGUCCCUCCCCUCUCUCCCCCAUCCGCUCUGGAUCUGUCCUGUCUAUUCAAGGCAAAAACGCUGCAAAAAAUGAUCUUAAAACUACAUCGCCCAGCUGCAUGUGUGCAAAAGUUGAAUUUACAAAACAGAAAUAAAUCUGGCGUCACUCCUGGCUCGUCCUUACAGUACCUCAGCGUGUUACUGCAUCCACUUUGGGAACCACUGUACAAAAUAAGGGCUAACAAAGUCGACUCCAAGCUGUCUGAACGCCUGUUGUUGAAAUUGAAGUGAUGAUCUGAAAUAAUUUUAGUGCCUACUUACACAGGUACUGCAUGAAUCAGAUUAGCCAUACCGGCAUCAGGAGUCGGCACCAAAAAUUCACACGUAGGGGGCGCUGUCGUUGCAGAAAAAUACUUUAAAUUCUUGUUUUUGGUGAUUAAAAUUCUGAACAAACAUCAAGGAAGAAUUUAAAUUUCAGUUCGCUUUAAUGUCGGGUAGCAGGUGUCAGAUUUGUUGCUUGUUUUGUUGUCAGUUUGCCCGAUAAUUAACAUCGACCUCGGACUGGCUCAGACGCCGGUUCACCUUCAGUCAACCUCGACUCCGUGUUGCUCCCUGGUAGCAUCUUGCUGUCUUGUUAUUAUUUUCCAAAGCUGCUGUUGAAAUAGCAUUCAGGUAUGAAAAGCCCUCAAGUCCGCUCGUCUCCAACUACCCAUGUCUACCCAUCAUCCCUCACAGGCGAGGUUUCAGUUUUGUCACCAUGUUCUUCUCUGGCCUCUCGCGUUUCUUAGCAUCAGCGGGGAAAAUAAAACGAAAACAACACUCAGUAUUGUCAACAGGACUGUGGCUGUCACAUUCACAAAAUAAAGAACCAAAUACUUUAGGAAGACGACAUUGCAGCUGUGUGUUUGAAGCCUGUGUGUUUGUGCUCGCCACUUGCAGAGAAACAAGAAUGCAGAGGCUUACGCUAGACACGACUCCCAUCUUCUCCUCUAGUUUAUCCCAGGUGGAACCGAGCUUUUCUGGUUUGUUUCUCUUUGGGUUUCUUUUGUUUUCUUUUCCUGGAUCGCAAGCAGUCACGGCAUCGUUUAGCAAACUUCUUAGACAAAGUGUCUGUUGUCUCUUUCUGAGUAAGGUCUGAAACCUAUGCAUGCCAUAGUAAAGUGGUGGUAAGAUCAAGUUAGAUGUCUCUUAUUUUAUUCUUUUUGUUUCUCCUUCUUUUUAGCCAGUUCACGGUGUAUAAGGAAGAUGUCAACCAGUAAGUUGUCCACUGCUGACUGUGUGUCCAUUUGGAGAUAAAAAAAAAGUGCAAUUUGUGUGAGGGUGAAAAGAUUUAUAUUAAAAAUGACAAAUGAUGAAGGCACUUGUCUGGAUGCUG